CUAUACAGACUUUUAAAAAAAUUAGAAAUAUUUAAUGGAGCCUGACAGCCCCGGUCUACCUUACAUAUUUACAGUUGUUACAAUAUGAGGCCAGCUGAUUUUAGGAGCAAUAAAGUAUAAGUUAGGCAUCAUAAAUUAUAUUUAAAACAUCCGGUUCAAUAGGUUUAAUAUCUGAUCUACAAGGCAACAGACAGCACAGCUGCGAGAUGCAUAAGCGCAAGUGUUUUCACGGGACGCUAAAAUUCCGUCAUGGGCAUGUGUGCGCGCGCGUGCACGUGUCAUGCUCGCGCACCGGAGACAGAGGAGUGUUGUUGGGUUCAGUGUGCUCAGCUCGGCCGUGAGUGGACUGUUACCGAGCUCCGGAUGCAAUAGGUCAACGGUGCCAAAUUAUUUUAAUUCGGUUUCUGCGCUCGCUCCCGCCAGAUGCCGAAUGCGACCAAAAAUAAACCGCCUAUUAAAAAAAUAAACAUGGGCGGGAUUCCUUUGGCAUCACCGGAUCCAAAACGAUGAAACUGAGCUACAUUUAGCGACACUGCUGUAAAUAUCCAUAUUUACAUUCGUGCUGAACACUGGAAGAUAUCGGGGCUUGUUCUGAGGGAGGACCCGCGCUGAUAGCGCAGCACGCGCCGGUGUGAAUGGACGCAUUGUCCUUCUUCUCUCACCCUUCUCCUUCAUCUGGACGGAUUUUCUCUGCAUUUGUCCCACACGGGGUCUUACUUUCAUCUUCGUGUAGUAAAUGAGACGGUUUGUUGCUGUUUAACACGGUAACAUUGGAGGUCUCCUGAGGCAGUGAUGAAGCCCGAUCACACGUACGGAGAGAUGGACAUUCUGAAGCUUUAACAUCUCUGGAUUGCUCGUGAUAACUGUGUUUACUGGGCUUUAAAGGCUUGUUUUGGAUUAAAUCGUCUAUACUGAUUAUCUGUGGUAAAUCCGCCAAAUCCUGUUUUGGGAGUCGCGCGCGUCUUCGGGAUGAGAGUCGUUGCUGGAAAUCGGCGUUAAGAUACGGGACACAUUCUGCAUUGUGAUGAGAUUUCCUAGUUUUUGAAACACACGUAUCGUUUUAUAUAAAAAUAAAGAUUUUGAUAAUGAGGUAAUGAGACUCUGAAGCUGGAGAUUUGGACAUCACACCACUGGGGAUCUCGUGCGCUUCUCUGAACUUGGAGGCGUUUGAUGCUCCGGGACAGAGGUGGCAUCACUCCAGUUACCCAGAAGACCUUGAAAAGACAAGAGAUGGCCUUUUGAGAUGACUGACACUGGAACAGACUUCAUAUCUGGAUCCGGAAGCUGAUGUAUCAUGGAGAGGCUUGUGAUUUAUGUGUUGGUGUUUGGUGCGCUGGUGAAGGCUCAGCAUUGCCCGGGUCGAUGCAUCUGUCAGACCAUCUCACCCACACUCACCCUACUGUGUGCUAAGACUGGACUUCUGUUCGUGCCACCGACCAUCGACCGCAAGACCGUAGAGCUUCGACUGACCGACAAUUUCAUCACGGCCGUCCGGAGGAAAGACUUCAUGAACAUGACGAGUCUGGUGCAUCUUACGUUGUCACGCAACACCAUCAGCCAGAUCGCUCCGCACGCUUUUGUGGGACUUAAAUCUUUGAGAGCGUUGCACAUGGACGGAAACCGCCUGACCGUCAUUUACAGCGAUCAGCUGAAGGGUUUGAUCAACCUCAGACACCUUAUACUGGGCAAUAAUCAGAUUCACCAGGUGGAAGUGUCCUCUUUCGACGAGUUUGUGUCCACCAUAGAGGACUUAGAUUUGUCCUACAACAACCUGAGGACAUUGCCGUGGGAGGCCAUAGCCAGGAUGGCAAAUAUAAACACGUUAACCCUGGAUCACAAUCUAAUCGAUCAUAUCGGAGCAGGGACCUUCACGCUCCUCACCAAGUUAGUACGCUUGGAUAUGACAUCAAACCGCUUGCAGAAGUUGCCUCCCGACACUCUCUUCCAGCACGCCCAGGUGCUGUCCGACCCAAAGAUGUCCAGUUCAUCCAAGCUGACCGUGAGCUUUGGCGGCAACCCUCUUCACUGUAACUGUGAGCUGCUCUGGUUGCGUCGCUUGACGAGGGAAGACGAUCUGGAGACCUGCGCUUCUCCAGAACAUCUGAUGGAUAAAUACUUCUGGUCUAUCCAGGAGGAGGAGUUCAUAUGUGAGCCCCCUCUGAUCACCAAACACCAGGUGACCAAAUCCUACGUCAUGGAAGGUCAGGGGGUCACAUUGAAGUGUAAAGCGAUGGGCGACCCCGAACCCGCAAUACAUUGGCGCUUUCCGGAUGGCAAACUGGUACACAAUAAUUCUCGUACAAUUCUGUAUGAAAACGGCACUCUGGACAUCCUCAUAACCACCCUGAAGGACAGCGGGGCUUUCAACUGCGUCGCAUCUAAUGCAGCUGGGAUCGCGACGGCCGCUGUGGAGGUCACCAUGAUUCCGUUACCGCUGUUCGUGAAUAACACGGGACACAUGAAGGAGGCGGACCCAGGCCUCUCUGACAUCACCACCUCCACCAAAUCUGGCAACAAUGACACAAAGUCCCAGAACAAAAGGGUUGUGGUUGAGGACCUGACUUCCAAUUCGGCCGUGAUCCACUGGCCAUCGGAACGUCACAUUCCUGGCAUCAGAAUGUAUCAGAUUCAGUAUAACAGCACCAUAGACGACACACUCGUGUACAGAAUGAUUCCCUCUUCGAGUAAGACAUUUAAGAUCAACGAUCUGGCUGCCGGUCGAGAAUACGAGCUGUGCGUGUUGGCCGUGUACGACGACGGCAUCACAUCUCUGACGGCGACGCGUGUGGUGGGCUGCGUUCAGUUCCACACGGCGGCCGAGGCCGGUCAGUGCCGCUUCAUUCACAGUCAGUUCCUCGGUGGAACCAUGAUCAUCAUCAUCGGUGGAAUCAUCGUGGCGUCCGUCCUCGUUUUCAUCAUCAUCCUCAUGAUCCGGUACAAGGCCUACAGCGGUAGCGACGGCGCUAAAGCCAAAGCGCGAGCCGGAUCCGCCGCACACGUCCAGUCGCAGACAAACGGGAGUCAGGGGCGAGCGGGCCGUUCCAGCUCGAAGCAGCGUUCGCAGCCGGGCGAAGAAAGAGCGUGUCGUGAUGAAUCGCCCGCAAACACCGACUGCAAGGCGUUGGUCCUGCUAAAGAUGGAGGAGACCAAGGAGGAGCUCAAGGUGGAACUGCCGCCCAUCUGCUCUGAGAAAGCGACGCCUUCCAGGCGAGCCAGCUUGGGUGGGCCGCCCUCCGACGACACCCAGACGGACAGCAGCCUCACGGGCUCCACCAUGUCCCUGUGCCUGAUCGGGCCCAACGCCGGCCCAGCCGAAGCCCCGCGCCUCAAGGACAAGAAGGGGGCGCUGGCAAACAUGGGGUUGCUGCCCAGCGAGCUGGCCCGGACUCGGCACAGGUUCUCCUUCGACGGAGACUACGCUCUGUUCCAGAGCAACAGUUACCCGCGACGGGCCCGAACCCGCAGGCACAAAUCCACCACUCACCUGAACGCUGACGUAUCGCCGCCCUGCAGUCGUAGGGUGACGUUUAGCAGUACAGAGUGGAUGUUGGAGAGUACGGUGUGACGGACCAAUGGCACACACGCAUGCGUACACACACAGGACAUCCCAGUAAAACAAAGGCAUGUCUACACACAGAUGUAGAUGUGUAUACAUAUAGACGUUGUUGUGGUCACACCUUGAUUCCUACAUGCCGUUAAAAACAAAGUUUGACACUGAGCUCUGUUCUAAAACCUAGUGAGCUGCCUAAAUAGACGGCAUUUGAAGCAAAUCGUGUUCUUGACGUCAAAAGCUGCGUGCUGACAAACUCUUUAGGAUAAUUCCUGCGGCUACGUGUGUCUUUUGCAGUGAAGACAAUUGUGAGUGAAAAAUAAACAAUUGCAAUAUAGUGGGUGAUUGAAAUGUAUCAGUGCACUUAAAAAUCAUUCAAUAGUAAAACAUGUUACGAAAAAGUGGAAUCAGCUAUUAAAGCAAUAGCUGCGUAAAAUUUCGCAAAUUGACAUAGCAAAUUAAAAAUACGCCCAGUGGAAACACAGCAAUUUCGUAUAAAUUUGUAUAUCGCAAAAACUUUGUAUUUUCAGGUGAGGCGUUUUUCUGAGGGUCCG